UUCUCGCGAGAUUUACUCAAAAAUAACGCGGGAUACAUUGAGGAAUGAAUCCGUUGAAGAAGCCAUAUAUGUGGUAAAAACAGACUGCCAACGAGGGGUGAACAAUGCAACAGGAGUAAUUUUGGUUGUGCGUAUGACCCGGGUCUAUAUGGAAAGAUUAUCUCUUUUUAAGAGUUAGCUUAACUGGUUUGAAACCCUUUUGUUCACCGCCUCAGAUAGCCAGCUGACCCUCUCCGUUCAGUGUCAACAUGGAUCAUACGGAGGACUUAUCUGCCAGAGUGCUACUCAAACAUAUUCUCACAACCGAGCCACCGAGGACUCCUAUCACCAGGCUAUCCACGGCUUCAGGGAGCACCAGUUUGACCAGGCGCAGCAGUAGACUGGAAAACAAAGAUGCUGGAGCCCAAACCCCACAGAACAUCCUUAGGCGCAGUCUUAGGAGUAAACUGCGUGAGAGUAUAACCAGGAAAUCCCUGCCUGCACCUAAAAGGAGGACUACUUCAGUCGUACUAAAGAAGACACCCGGCCCUUCCUCCAUGCUAUUUGAUGAUGGAGCCACACCAAGACACAUCCUUAUGAACAUCCUGCAGACAGAGCCUGUCAGGUCUCCUGUGGUUCAUGAGAAAGCUGCUUCAGAAGAGCCUCAGCCUUCUUCAGCCAACUCAAGCCUCACCAGCAGACGGCCCAGCGUUGAGCUCUCAGGAUUAGACCUGCCUGAUUUAACUAUUGGCAAUGCUGUAAGCACUGCAAAGGGACUGAGCAGGAAGAGACCACAUCGGAGCCUGAAUGUAACAACUUUUGAAAAACGACUCAGAGAUGGAGAUGAUGUCGGGGGGCAAAAAGAAGAAACACUGCAUGACAAUUCAUCACUAUCUAUGUCAAGUUCCACUUCUCUGAGCCUCAAAACCCCCUUUGUGGAUGUUCACACUGAGAAGAGAGUUCUGCAAAGAAGAGUGUCUAACCGUCGUAAAAUCACAGUGCAUGAAUUUGGCGCUGCCGUGGAUAAAAGGCAUAUGGGAGGGGCGACCAGCGUCAUGCAGCCAGAGCGGGGACUCGGUGAGACCGCGUACUCUGAGGGCUUCACCUUGUGCCUGAGCGAACUCAGUGAACCCGAUAUCACCACCGAUAUCAUCAACUGUGACACAGCUCUGUACGCUCAGCCUGACGCAAUGACCUCCAACUUCUCCAUCAUUGCAACUCAGGACAAACCCACAGUGAUGGCUUCUCAGCUGCAGAGGCAAAUGACAGAGAUGGAGCAAGAGGAGCAGAAUGAGCUGAGGAAGGAGAAAUCCUUGUACACAUUUCCAACUGAAGGGGCAGCAGAGGCGGAACCUCAGGAGGAAGAAGGUCUUUCUGAGUCUCAAGGGGAGGAAGGGGGGAGUAUUGCUGAUGGUCCAGCUGAAGAUGCUGCAGCCAUGUCGAAAUCGGAGGAAACCGAGGGUACGGCUGCGUCUCAGACUGGUGUCAGGGGUGAUACAGCUGAGUCUGAGGGAGAGGGGAACGCAGUGGCUGCUCACAUAGAUGAGGAAGAAGUGGCUGAUUCCCAAUGUGAAGAAGGUGAGGAUGGUGGAGUUGAUUCCAAGCCUGAGGAGGAUGUUGCAACUAGUUCACAGUCUGACAAAGAGGAGGUCCAACAAGAAGAAGAAGAGGAAGGAGGUGCUGCAGACUCUCAAACAGAAGAAGAGCAGGGAGGUGCUGUUGACUUUCAAACUGAGGAAGAAGUAGAAGAAGGGGCUGCAGACUCUCAAACUGAAGAAGACGAAGAUGCUGCAGACUCUCAAACUGGGGAAGAUAAAGAAGAAGAAGAAGGUACUGCUGACUCUCAAAAUGAAGAGGAAGGUGCUGUAGGGUCUCAGUUUGAGCAAGAGGAGAUUCCAUCACACUCUCAAAGCCACAAAGAAGAAGAGGAAGAAGAAGAGGAGGAGGAGGAGGAAGAAGAAGAAAAAGAAGAAGAGGAAGCAGUUGACUCUCAGACUAAAGAUGCUGCUGUUGAUUCCCUGCCUGAAGAGGAGGAGGAGGAGGAUGUUGCAGAUAAUGGCAGUGAUGCAGAGGUCGGUUUGUCAGCCUCUAAACCUGAAGAUGAGCUCAAUGAAGAGCUGCAGGAGGAGGAAGAUGUUGAGCAGGCUCCAGCGAACCUUGAACACAUCAGUCGGAGAGCUCAUUGCUCUGAGGGUGGACUCAUUGUGCCGAUUGCAGAAGCAGGAUUGUCUGAUGGCAAAUCCAAAGCACACACUACCAUCAAUCUUCACAACAGCCAGGAGAUGGGAAGCCGUGAGAGCAGUCUGGUUCCUGCUGAGUGCCCUGACCUGGCUGAGACCGAGCCUGAUGCUGACAAAGAAAACUCCUUUCAACUCCCAGAGGUGUCACAUGAUGUUGAAGAUGAUUCGAGUGAAGAGUCACCAGAGGAAGCUGCUGCUCAGGAGGAUGAGGAGGUGGAGGAGGUGGAGGAGGCGGAGGAGGAGUGGGAGGAUGAAGGGGACGAAGAGGUCCCAAGCAAGACUCCAGCUUUUGUCAGACAGAAAAUAAACCUGCUACGCCCUGAUCCUCAGGCCUCACCUUCUAUUCUCAAGAAUACUCAACCCAGUGGUGCCAGAGAUGAGGGAGGUCUGGCUUCACCUAAACCUAAGCAGGUGAGGAAGAGGAAGACGGGACCAGCUAAAGAGGAAGGAGCCCUUCCAAAGAGCUACCUGAUGGGCAUCUUCAGGCACUUUGCCAAAACCAGGGUCUCUGCAGAUGUGUACCCCAUACUACAAGAAAUAAUGGAUAAAUUCUUUGAUCGAUUGGCGGAGGACUUAGAGACAUACGCUCUUCAUGCAAGAAGGAAAACCAUUGAGGUAGAAGAUGUUGAGCUUCUGUUAAGAAGGCAGGGUCAUGUGAACGACAAGGUGCCGGUAGAAGUGCUGAUUGAGAAAUAUCUACGCAUGGACCAGCGCAGGCUCCUCAUCCCCAUAGCAACCAGUGGAAAUGUUGUUUUCCCUAAGCGGAAAUGAGUGUUUGGUUUUAGAGUUUAACUAUGAUUUGUCUGGUUUCAUCUCUUGGACUGCUUCAUAAUUCACUUACACUGCAUUUGAUUUCAACAAGUAAUGGUUAGAAAUAUAAAGGUUUCUGUAAAUGUGUAAAUAAAUAUGUAUAACUAAGAGUGGUGUAUGUGAUGAUAAUGGAUUCUUCUUUCCUAUCUUCUACAGUGCAGAGUUUAGUAUGUUAAUAUCUCUAUUUUGUGCAAACUUUGGCUUAUUGAAAGCAGUGCUCUUCCAUUAUCAGUCAAGAUUACGAGUAUGUUUUGUCUGGUUUCAAACACGUUGAAAUAAAGUAAAGGCUACCCCA